CCUCACAAGCUUUCACGCUGACAGCUCGAUAGGAGAGGAGAGCUGGUAAUCGGCAUUCCUCGGAGGGGACAUGUGCACUGAUCAUCAGAGCACUGAUGAUCAGUGAGUGCCACCUGUCAGUGUCCAUCAGUGCCAGCUCUCAGUGCUCAUCCAUGCCACCUGCCAUGGCACUGGCCCAUCAGUGCCACAUCAAUGCCACAUAUCAGUGCCUACCAGUGCACAUCAAUGCCACAUAUCAGUGCUCCACUGAGGAGCUGCCUUUCAGUGUCACCCAUCAGUGCCAGUCUGUGCCA